AUGGCAGCAGCGAGCAAAGCCCCAGCGUGGAAAUUCCACGUGUUCCUCAGUUUCAGGGGAGAAGACACACGCAACAAAUUCACCGAUCACCUAUACGCUGCAUUUAAUGGCAGUGGCCUCGCCGUUUUCAAAGACGACAGAGAACUCCAGAGAGGACAAGUAAUCGCGAGCGAGCUCCCCAAAGCGAUUGAAGAAUCGCUCUCUUCGGUCGUGGUUCUUUCUCCGCACUACGCUUCUUCUCGGUGGUGCUUGAACGAGCUUCUCAAGAUACUUGAAUCGCGAACGCAAUUCAGUCGAUUCGUUUUUCCGAUCUUCUACGACGUGGAUCCCUCCGAUGUGAGGCACCAGCGAGGAUCUUUUGCGCAAGCUUUCGCGAAGCAUGGGGAAAGGUUUGGAUGUGAGAGUGAGAAGGUUCGAAGGUGGAGACAAGCCUUGACGGACGUUGCAGAUUUGUCUGGCUGGACCUCUAGGAAUUGGCCAGAAACGGAACUCAUUGAAGAAAUUGUUGCAGAGGUCUGGGAAAAUUUACAACCUCAUUUGCCAUCCUAUUAUGAUGAACUGGUUGGAAUUGAUUCAAGGAUAAACAACCUUUAUUCCCUUUUAAGGACAGGGUCAGAGGAAGUUCGCUUUUUGGGGAUAUGGGGUAUGGGUGGCAUAGGAAAGACAACUCUAGCCAAAUUUGUCUAUAAGAAAAUCCAUAAACAAUUUGAUAUUAGUUGCUUUCUUGACAAUGUUAGAGAGGUUUCUAGUGAAAGAGAUGGUCUGCUUUGCUUACAAAGAAAAUUGCUUUCUCAUCUGAAAAUUAGAAGCAUGAGAAUUGAAAGUUUGGACCAAGGGAAGGAAACAAUACGGAAUCUCUUAUUCAAUAAAAAAGUUCUGCUUGUGCUUGAUGAUUUAAGUUCUGAUAUCCAACUAGAGACUUUAGCUGGAAAGCAAGAAUGGUUUGGACCAGGGAGCAGAGUAAUAAUAACGACUAGAGACAAGCAUCUACUAGCAUCACUAGACGUUUGUGAAAAUUAUGAUGUUCAAAUUUUAAAUAGUGAAGAAUCCCUUCAACUUUUUUGUCAGAAGGCGUUCAAAGGAGAAAAACCUGAAGAAGCUUACGUAGAAUGGUCAAAAUGUGUGGUUCAAUGUGCAGGAGGCAUUCCUUUGGCUCUCAAAGUGCUGGGUUCAUUCCUUUGUGGAAGAAGCGCAUCCAUAUGGGAGGAUGCUUUGAAAAUGUUAAGGCAGGAUCUACAAAAUGAUGUUUACAAGACUCUAAGAAUAAGUUUUGAUGGAUUACGAGAUAUGGAAAAGGCUAUAUUUCUAGAUAUUGCUUGUUUUUUCAAGGGAAGCACCAAAGAUCACGUGACACAAAUAUUGAAAAAUUGUGGUCUCAAUCCAUUGAUUGCUAUAGACGUUCUAAUUGAAAAAUCAUUGGUAACUUAUGAUGGAUGGCAUUUGGGGAUGCACGAUUUGCUUCAAGAAAUGGGUAGGAAUAUCGUUCUCCAAGAAUCUCCUAAUGAUGCUGGCAAGCGGAGUAGGUUAUGGACUCUCAAGGACAUUGAUCAAGUAUUCCGAAAUAAUAAAGGAACUGAAUCCAUUCAAGCUAUAGUUCUAAAUCUGCCAGAGCCUUAUGAAGCAUGUUGGAACCCAGGAGCGUUCUCAAAGAUGAGUAAUCUUAGACUUCUCAUGAUAUUAAAUAAAUUGCACCUGCCACUUGGUCUCAAGUCUCUGCCCAGUGGAUUAAAAGUUCUUGUAUGGAAGGAAUAUCCUCUCGAAUCGUUGCCAGUUGGAGCUCAACUAGAUGAACUUGUUGACCUUGAUAUGUGUCAUAGCAAAAUAAAACACCUUUGGAGAGGAACAAAGUUUCUGGGAAAUUUGAAGACCAUCAAUUUGAGAAAUUCCAAAGAUCUGCAUAUAACUCCAGAUUUCACUGGAAUCCCAAAUCUUGAAAAAUUGGAUCUUGAAGGCUGCAUAAACCUAGUUGAGGUGCAUGCAUCUCUUGGACUACUUAAAAAGAUUUCAUAUGUGACAUUAGAAGAUUGCAAAAAUCUCAAAAUCCUUCCAAGAAAAUUGGUAAUGGAUUCUUUAAAACGUCUAAUUCUUUCAGGCUGCUCAGCAGUUAGAAAACUUCCUGAGUUCGGGGAAAAUAUGAAAAAUUUGUCCAUGCUUGCUCUAGAGGAGACUUCCAUAGCUGAACUGCCUUCAUCUGUUGGUCAUUUGACAGGUUUAAAGAACUUGCUUUUAGCAGGUUGCAAAAGUAUUGUUUGCCUUCCAAAAACCAUUUCUAAUUUGAAAUCUCUCAUAAGGCUCAAUAUCUCUGGUUGCUCAAAAUUUUCUAAGCUGCCUGAUAAUUUGAAUGAAAAUGAGGCAUUGGAGUGUCUUAAUGUGAGUGAGACUGCUAUAAGAGAAGUGCCUCCAUCCAUUGUUUUCUUAAAAAACCUUAGACUACUUUUAUUUCGUGGAUGCAAAGGACUAUCAUCAAACUCUCAUAGCUCACUUUUCUCUUUGAAGAAGAUUUUUGGUCCGAUUCCCAAGAGAUUAGUUUUGCCUUCUUUUUCUGGUUUGUACUCACUGAAGAAACUCGACUUAAGCUAUUGCAAUCUCCAUGAUGGAUCAAUUCCUGAUGAUCUUGGCUGCUUAUCAUCACUGGUAACAUUAGAUCUAAGUGGGAACAAUUUUGUACAACUUCCUGCCGGCUGCAUCUCUAAACUUUUGAAGCUAGAGAAACUUUUAUUGAAGUUCUGCCCAAACCUGCAAUCAUUUCCUAAGCUGCCACCAAAUGUGCAUUAUGUAAAUGCAAGUGAUUGUGGUUCAAUGAAACCUUUAUCAGAUCCACGGCAGAUAUGGGGUCACUUGGCAUCAUUUGCCUUCGAUAAGUUGCAAGAUGCCAAACAGCUUAAAACUUUAUUAGUAAGUCCGGGAAACGAAAUUCCAUCAUUCUUUUUCUAUCAAAAGUAUUUCAACCAAGUUCAAGACAUAGAAUACUUAAAAGAUAACUACAUUUGGGCUGAUUCUACUGUGUCAAUAUCAAUGGACUUGGCUGAACUUCGUCAUCGUUAUUAUAGAUGUGAAUGGUGGGGAAUUUUGGUUUGCCUUGUUGUGGAAGAUGUGGUGUCUUCACCUUCCCAGGACUAUCGCAUUGGUUGGAUUUCAAAAGUUCCUACCAUCAACAACUUUUUGCAUCAGCUAUGUCACAAGUUGGAACAUGGAUUCAUUUCAGGAAUCCCGAAUCAUAAAUAUCCUCACCUGUUGAUUUUAUAUCUUCCGUUCUGUCCAUCUCGCUGGUUUUAUGUUAAAGACAAGUUUCAAUUAAUAUUUUUCAGUUCUAGUCUUAAGAGUAAGCUGGUGAUAAAGAAAUGUGGAUGGAGAAUAUUAUGUAAGGAAAAUGCUGAAAGCUGGCGCAAAAAACUGUCUGAAUGCAACACUGCUUCAGCCAACCUAUGUAUUCCACGUGGGGUUGGCUUAUCUCCUCUUUUUGCUUCUUGGAGUUGGAUAUGCCAUCUAAAGGUUCCCCAACGUUGCAAGACUUUCCUCUUGUCAGUCCUGUGCGAUCGCUUGCCUGGUAAUGCAAGGUGCAGGUUCUGCAUCUUGGAAGGUACUAUCAUCCAUGUUUUACGAGAUUGUAGACGAGCUGUUGCAAUCUGGGUUCAAAUGGUUCCCGCUGACGUGCGUGAUGAAUUUUUUUCAAUGUCGCUUCAUGACUGGAUGCAUAGAUUCCUUCAGAAACCUUGGUUGCCAAAUAAUUACCGGGACUAUGAUGCUGACUGUUUGAGGUUUACCAUCACGACUUGGCUGCUUUGGAAGGAUAGAAAUAGUUCCAUCAUCGAGGGAAAUUCUCCAACAGAUAAUAAUGGGUUGUAUUCUCUAAUUCAGUCGCUAGUAAAAGAAUAUGCAAUGUUUUUGCAUCUAAAUGGGGAAGAGGGUACUUCUGCUGUGAGUUCUCUCUCCGAGAACUCACGUCUAAAGCAUUUUAUUAAGUUGAACGUGGGUAGCUGCUUCCUGGGAAAUCCUAGCAUAGCGGGUUAUGGAGGUCUCUUUCGUGAUGUGGAAGGGAAUUGGCUCAGUGGGUUCUAUGGAUCUCUGGGCGUUACAACAACUGUGAAAGCGGAGCUUCAUACCAUUUGUCAGGGUUUGAUCACAGCUUGGGAUUUGGGUUACAGAAAUGUACUGGUUGAAACCGAUUCAUCUGAAGCUAUACAUCUGAUUGAGGAGGCUAAUAUUGAGGAUCAUGCCUAUGGUGACUUGCUAGCUGGCAUACACUCCCUCAAGCAAAGAAACUGGUCCUUGAAUUUGAUCCAUUCUCUCAGGGAAGAUAAUGCAUGCGCAGACAUUUUAGCAAAACUUGGAGCUGAGCAACAUAAGGUCUAUUGCUUCCUGGCUGAUCCACCUGAGCAGCUUCGGCUGGCAUUGAUGGCUGAUGCAUUAAAUGUUCAACUUCCUUGCCUGUAGUUCCUUUUUUAUUUUUUUUUCAAUGUUCCUAGGUUGAAUUAUGACUUGGAGCAACAGAAGUUCCUUGUGAAGAGCAAUGAUCCUUACUCCUCAAUGAACUUAAUAAUGGAGAAGAAGCAACUUGGUCUGAUGCAGAAGUAGAAACACAAACUGAUAGGGAAAACUUGGAUACAGUGUAAUGCCUCUUGUAAGUCUAUUCUUUGCCUCGCGUCUUUAACUAAUUAACAUGGGAUUUGAGGUUAUUAGCCUUUUG